AUGAUAUUAAUUGUUGGAGGAGAUUUAUAAGGACAUCUUACUGAAGAAGUAUUCCAGAAAAUUUCUCCCAGUCUUCUGUAUUUUAUCGCUCUGGAAUGUAUUUUAUCACUCUGGAAUGAAACUGAAGAUGUUCUAGAGAUGAAAAGGAAACAUUUUAAAAUAUCUGAAAGCCAGCAUUAUGGCACUAUGUUAGUUUCAGUAACCCUUCUUUACAUUCACACCACAUUGGGUGCAGCAUAUUUACCCUCUCCAGAAUUCUUUAUGAAAUAUAUUUUCAUGUCUCUCAACAGUGCAAAGGAACUCCAUGUAACAGCAACAAAUCAACUCCUGAGCAUGCUCUGGGCAAGAAAGAGUUGCAGCACCAGUAUCCAAACUCAGCAUGGCAAAGCAAAGAGAGAUGCUGAGUAUCAGAACAUUCCCAUUACAACAAGGCCAAAGAAGGGAAAUGCCAUCGAUAGAUAUUGGGAAGACAUUACUGAUUGGCAGCAAGCUUGUUUCUCUGCAAAUAAGCUUGUGAAGAUAUUUUUACACGAAAGUCAUCUACUAAUUUCUACGGAACAUUUUCAGCAAAUAAGCCAAGUGAUCAUUCAACAGUUAUUAAGUUAUUCUUGCAAGCUUAAGAAGUCAGUGAAAGUUCUUGGUUUGCAUAUACAUGACGUUCAAGAGUCUGCUAAAGAGGAAGAGACUGGUAAAGCACAUGUUUGGAAGAUGUUGGCUUUGACUGGUGGAAUUCGAUUCUUUCUCAUUGAAAAGAGAUUUGUUCUUUUGCUGACACCACAUGAGCAUCACAGUUCUGAGGAUGCUGAUUUUACUAACCUGUCUUCAGAGAAGAAGAUAAUCAUCAGAAAACGUCAAGGAAUUAGUUUGUUAGCCAUUGUGGUUCUCCUGGGUGACAGUCUUUACAAUUUUGCUGAUGGUUUGGUAAUAGGUGCAGCAUUUUCAUCAACAUAAAUGGGUGUUACAACAUUGCUAUAUCAUGAAAUUCCUCAUUAGAUAGGAGAAAAGAUUGCGGUGCUGUUAAGUACUGGGCUUUCUUCGAAGACUGCCAUUUUAAUGAAUUUCAUAAGUGCCUUUCAUACCUGUAAGCUUUCAAUAUCAGCAGAUCCUUCCAUUCAAAACUGGAUAUUUACUGUCACUGCGGGAAUGUUUUUGUAUUUAUCAUUAGUGGAAAUGCUUCCUGAAAUGACUCAUAUUCAGCCACAGCGACCCUGGUUGAUGUUUCUUCUACAGAACCUUGGAUUGCUGUAAGGGUGGCUUUGCCUCUCACUACUGGCUAUAUAUUAACAGAUUAGAAUAUAA